AUGGCGGAAGUUGAAGCAGAAGAAGAGAAACGGAGUUGCGUUGGCGAAGUUGAACCGUUGGAAUUAGCUUGUAAACAAUCCGAAAAGGCCGAAGAAUCACCAGCGGUAGGCCUCGACAACCAGAAACUGGCCGACAUUGAGCAGGUGGAUGAAGUGACAGCAGCAGGCGUGACAAAACGAGAUUUGCAAAGCUAUCGAAAUCUGCCUGGUCUUUUGUCGCCACAUGCAGCCGCCCAUGUUGCGAAGGACGGCGACGUCGAUGACGACGACGACAACAACAAUAAGGCUGCCCCCGGGACGACUUCGACAAGCAUAAUCGCUACAACAGAAAGUACAUCAUCAUCGCCCGAGGCCAAGAGACCCAAAUUGACCAGUAUAGGUUCUCCGGGUCAGCAGCAGCAGCAGCAACAACACCAACAACAACACCACCACCAACAACAACAACUACAAUACCAAGUGCCGGACCCUUGCGCUAGUCCGGAUUCCGGCAAGAGGAAGAGAAUUCAACAUGAUUAUCGUCGACUGUCCAGUUCUGGAUACAUGGAUGACUAUGUUGGAGGAAAAGAAAGACGAUUUUCGUCGACCAGUGACUCUGAUAUGAGUUCAUCGCCCGCAUCCCCGAAAAGCAAAGGGUCCGCUUCUUCUCCCAAGUCAAAAGUGAAUACUUCGUCGAAGGUCAAAAUGCUUAAACGUUCCCCCAAUACGUCUGACUCCUCCGUCAAUGGAUUACCUUCAAACAAAGAUAUUUCCAUAUCAAAUGAUGAUUGCAGAAAAUGCCCUGAAACAUCUCUGCAUAGUAUAAAGAAAAAAGAAAAGACUAAACUUGAGAAAAAUGCAGAAAACUCUGCCAGCAGCGAUUCCAUCAAGCUGCAUGAUCGUGUGUGUGCAGCCAAGAAGUCCAAAGCUAGUCACACCAAAAGUGGCAGCAAUUCUGAGAAUUUUCUGGAAUAUUUUACUGACAAAUACCCACACUUGACUAUCAAGACAGGUGUUUUAGGUAAGUCAGAUAUUGAGACCAAGACAGUUGCUUCAUAUUGGGACCAGAUCAAAAAGACCUACCAAAAUGGCACUGUACGAACAGGGCCUCUUCUUCAACUGAGCCUCGUUGGCACAGUACAUGAAGAGGUUGGUGACUAUUUCCCAGAGUUCCUUGAUAUUUUGGAAGGUAACCUUUUCCUACGACUUACUAUGCCUUGGGGGGAAUUGUCAUCAGUUAAAAUGAAAGAUAGACGUGAAAGUAAUGAUGGUCCAAUUUUAUGGGCACGUCCAGGAGAACAGAUGGUCCCCACAGCUGACAUGCCAAAGUCUCCUUAUAAAAGAAAAAGAGGUAUGAAUGAAUUGAAGAACCUACAGUAUUUGCCACGUGCUUCUGAACCUCGUGAAGUCUUGGUAGAAGAUAGAACUCGUUGCCAUGCUGAUCAUGUGGGACAUGGCUUUGAUAGGCGCACGACUGCUGCUGUUGGAGUACUCAAGGCAGUCCACAAACCUGAUGAUCCGCCAUGUCAGAAUAGAGUUGUGAAAGAUGUCAUUUGCUUUCAUCCAGGAGAUUUUCCACAAGUGGUCAACAAAAUGCAGCUUGACCUUCAUGAACCACCUGUAUCUCAGUGUGUAACUUGGGUUGAAGAUGCCAAACUGAACCAACUGCACCGGGAAGGGAUCCGUUAUGCCCGCAUUCAGUUGCGUGAUAAUGAUAUUUACUUCAUCCCAAGAAAUGUUGUGCACCAGUUCAAGACUGUGUCAGCAGUAACAAGCAUUGCAUGGCAUGUCAGACUCCGAAACUACUAUCCUGAUCUCCAGACAGACAAUGAAGAAGAGGAAGAGGAGGAGGACUCAAAGGAUGUGGGAAGCAAACUGGAGGAGCCAAUGGAAGAGGAGGGUAAUGUGAAAUUAGAGUUUUCUUCUUUUCCCACCAUCAAACCUGAUGAUAUUCCUGUGAAACAAGAAGUGACAGUGGAAAGCCACAUGUCCUUGUCAUCUCCUCACUCCAGGAUGAGCAGCAAAACACCAAUCCUACACACUCCAUGCUCUCACACGAUUCCUGAAUCCAUAUCCAAAAGCUACACCCAUACUUACUCAUCUGUGAUUCCUGAUUCCAGUGGAAGUUAUUCAAAACCUCACAAAAAAGGUUCACCUUUCAAGCUGGAAUCGUUUGUAAAGAAGGAGCAUUCUGUUACCAAAAAGGAGCCUUCAGCAAUACACUCUGGACAUGGUCACACUCCAAUAUCAGCAUCAUCAGGGCAUGACCAGAAUCUUGCAUGUGGAAAACACAAGACUUCUUCGCAGUCAUCAGAUCAUUCAACAUGUGUGAAAUCUGAACAUCCCUCAGGCAAAACUCCACAGAUUCCAACCAUAGUGACACAGGACUUCUCAAUGCAGAAACUGGGCACCUCCAAUUCAGAACAGCUAUAUGCAUCAUCCUCCCCCUCCUCUUCAUCAUCAUCUACUUCAUCUACAUCCAUGUUGUUAGGGCAGCAUCAUUUUGCUGUGAAAAAGGAGCUCAGCCAGAAAUCUGCACCACUGACACAUGAAUCCAAAUCUUCAAGUGUUAAGCAAGAAUAUACUUCCAAGUCGUCAGCAUCAAAACCCACAAAGCAUGAGCAACUUCUGAAAUCUAGCUUAUCGUCUGGAGCAGUUCAAAAUCCAACUUCAUUAAAAUCCUUGACUUGUUCCAGUCGAGAAGAUGCAACCUCAGUUUUGGGCUCUAUCCACACUCGAGAAGAUCAGUCAUCUUCAUCUAAGGUAAAUCACAGUAAGAAGAUGUCCUCCAGUCAGAAACAUGGCUCUUCAGAAAAGUUUCCCUUUCAUAGUGUAGUUACCACCAAAACUACCACUUCAUCUCCUAGCACUACUUCACAGUCCAAAACUGAAUCAAAAGAAAUGCCCACUUCAUCUAACCUUGCCUCCAAUGUGGAUUCAGUCUUGGCUACUCUAGUUGUUCCCAGAGAGUUGCAUUCACCUGUGAAGAUGCCUAACACUCACCUUCCUGUGCGGACAUCAAGUAACAUUUCGCAUAAGGAUCCAGAAGCUGAGUUGACAAAACAGAAGACUUUUUCUAAGGAGGGCUGCCCCCCAGUGCCACAAGAAAAUCUAACUGCCCUCUCUUGGCUAUCCACACAUCAUUCAUCAUCAUCUGAUGUGUCGCAACGUGAUCCAGUGAUAUCUCCGUCAAAUGUUAGUGAUCUGAACGUUGGAAAGGUUACAUCAGAGUGUCUUCAGAAAACCAGCACUGAUGACUUGGAUGUUAAUUCAAGUUUGAAUUUUUUACCAUUAACAAAACCAGCCUCAGACUUGGUAUCUGUCAUGUCCCAGAAAAAAGCUAAUAGCAGUAAAAAGGAAUGCACUUCAUCAGCGAUGUCAGACUUUUCUGACGACACCAAGUGGGAUGAUUCUAAUAUACAAAAACAACCUGGCCAUUCUGUAGCUAAGGAAGCAACUGUCAACAGCGUCAACAGCAGCAACAAUAAUGACACUAGCAUAAAUUCUGGAUCUAAAAUUAUGCAAUUCCAGAGUGCUUCAGUUAGUACUCUCAAAGGAGAGACCAUGCCACAAACCUGUUCAUCAAAUUUUCCUUCUCAAAGUAAGUUUUUUUCUUCAAGUCUGAACAAACAGCAACCGACAUCUGUUGUGUCACAAUCAACGCUGUUUAUCGACUCUAGCCAUAUUGGCACCAGUGAAGUCCCGGCCACAUCUGAGGAUACGGCUAUUCAGCAAAUUCUGACUCCGCCUUCCUCUAAAUUUUCUGCAAGCCAGCCAACUACUGCUGCUGUGAUGCUGGAGUGCCAGUCGGCAGCUUAUGAAAGUCAACAACAGUCUGUGAUUGAAAUAGCCUCUUUGCACCAUUCAGAUGAGCAACAAGAUGCCAUGAUCACCCCGGACACUUAUGCACCUUGCCAGCCAGACUCAAUGAUCACUAGUCUUAUGCACUGUGAUGCAAAUUCUGGUUCUUUAGGGAGUGGCUUUGAGCAUACACAACUCUCUUCUAAACCAGCAGACAUUGCAAUGGCUGAAAGUUCUGGGUCUGAAUCUUCUCAACAUCGUGAAGAGUCCCCAAUGGAUACUGAUACCUGA